AUGUCCAUGGUUUCUGACUUUAAAUUCAAAAUUUGCUCGUGGAAUGUGGGAGGCGCCGGUGGUAGCGCCUUCCUUAGAGCUCUGAAGCUCCUUGUUGCCACCCAUAAACCUGAUAUUUUGAUUUUGUUGGAACCGCAGAUCAGUGGUGAAGUGGCGGAUCGGGUCUGUGGAAGAAUGGGGUUUCCUAACGUUAUGAGAGUAGAGGCGGAGGGAAGGAGUGGGGGCAUCUGGCUGUGCUGGGACGCGAAUAUCGUGAUGGUGGAUCUCGUCUCUGCCUGCUUUCAACAUGUCACGGUGAAAAUCAAGUGUGCUUCGGCCUCACCUUGGCUUCUAACGGCGGUUUAUGCGAGCCCGAGGCAGGAGUCUCAACACUUCUUGUGGCAAGCUAUACACCGCAUUGAGGAAGAGCAUGACUAUCCGUGGCUGCUUACUGGAGAUUUUAACGCCAUUCGUUCUCCUUUGGAGCAGGCAGGCAGAACCUCCACUUCCAUUCUCCGCCGCUGCAAACGUUUUAAUGACAGAAUGGAUCAAGCGGAGCUCAUUAACCUCGGCUAUUCUGGCCCACGUUUCACGUGGACUAGAGGAGAACCGCCGAAUGAUUACAAAGCUAGUCGGCUUGACAGAAGUCUGUGUAACCCCACUUGGAACACUUUCCCCAACACCUCCGUGCAUCACCUGCCACGUCUGCACUCGGACCACCAUCUCAUUCUGACAGAGAUCGGGAAACAUGGAGUUAAUCUUUCCUCUCCUCGUCCUUUCCGUUUCGAAGGAGCAUGGCUAACGCAUGAAUCUUAUGGUGAUUUUUUACAGGAUAAGUGGGAUUCGCAGGUGCCGCUUCAGGACACCUUGAGGAAGAUGGUGGAGGACCUUGCUGAGUGGAACAAAAACACGUUUGGCAAUGUCUUACAAAAGAAGAGGAGGCUCCUUAGCCGGAUUAAUGGGAUCCAGACCAGAAUAGCAAAUGGGUUCUCUCCUGGUCUUUUCAAACUCCAAGCAAAGCUAGAGAGAGAGAGCUUGAUGAAGUCCUAG